UCUUAUUUACAUUAUCUAGGGACUAUGACAAAAAUUAUGAUUAAUCUGUGUAACCAGUUGCCAUGGCAACAGCAUUCUUGAGUUUAAGUUUACAUUGCAUAACAUGGUAAUAUUUCAUAUAAAAUAAUGUAAAUAUAUAUCGAUAUGGCAGCAUUGCUACCAGAUUUAGAUAUUAGGACUGUUCUAAAUGUUGUGGAGGAAAAUUAUGAAAAACAAAAUUUGAAAACAUUUGCAAUACGCAUGAUAUAUGCCGGAGAACAUUGUCUACCAAAGGAUGAAAUAAUAAAGCAAUUCGAACGAACGAUACACGAUGUGAAUUCCACCUAUUGCGAAAUUAAUGUUCAUGGCUUAUUACUGGUUUACGACAGUUACUUUGUACAUAUAGUUGAGGGCUCAGAAGACACAGUGCACAGGCAUUUAAGGUUCCUUUUUAAACGUGAAGUGAAAUGGAUAGAAUAUAUGAAAAAACAGGACCAAGAAGCAGCCGAUGUUGAUGAUGAGGAAAUGGAAGGAAUAAAACUACUGGAGGAGCCCUCUGAACCAGUAGAGAGAAAAAUGUUUAAGCGAUUGAAAAUGUUGAUUGUCUAUCAUUCUAUAACAGCGCGUUUAUUUGACGAUUGGCGUGCAAUAACGGCGCGCCCACCUUCGCUUGUCGGCAAACUAGACGUGUUCGGCCCUCUAGCGGAACACGUUGAACAAUUACGAAUUUGUCUUGACAAAAUAAAGAAAUUGUGUGCCCUUGCGCAAGACGAUGAAGAGCUCUCCUUCACGGGUCUCAGCGCAAAUGACCCAAAAAUGGAGGCGUUGCCAGAGAUUACGCUGUUGGAUUUCUUACUUGCGUCACACCAUAUACUGGAUCUUCGUCACGUCGUUUAUUUGCAUCGACGGGUUGAUGAUUACGCCUUCUAUUUCGAAAAAGUGUGGCCGCUACCAACGCACUUUACGCCAAAACUCUUGUACAAGUUAAAGGUAGACGAUUCGUUUGUGGAACCAUUACCAGUAAUGCCUUGGGAGCUUGUGAAGAAAGAAGUCGCAGAAGACGAAGAAAGAGAAGAACAACAGAGUGGUAGUUCGUCUAGUGAUUAAUGUUUAAUAUGUAUAUCAUAUCUGUGAUUUAAAAAUAACUGUCAUGAAAUAAAAAUUAGUCUGCGGACUCCCAAUUUAUAGUUGGCGUGUGGUUAAAAAACAAAGUUUGAUAAAUGCUAAUGCUUAGUUUGGUGGUCUUAGAAGCGUAAUUCUGUUUUCAACACAACCUCGUAAAAGUUCAAGUCCAAGGGAGCUUUUCAAAAAUUUGUUAAUACAUAGAAUGUAAUAGGCAUCACUGAAAAGUUGCUGAGUUAUACUUGACACUCUUUAGUAUUUAGUGAUGAAAAUAAUUGCAUGUAAAUAAAGAUAAAGUUUUCUUAAGCUUAUUAACUCGCUAACUAGAAUAUUUUCACAAAAUGAUCAUGUCUAUUUGCGAUUUUUAAUAAAACUUUUACGUAA